AUGCAAGAAGCUCCUCAUGACGAAUCUAGCGUGAACAUGUCGGGCUACGACAGCGAACAUGCGACUCUGACCAAGGAGGAUCGAGAGGAGAUCGCCGAACGGGAAAGUCGCUGGGUCUUUUGCAUGAGAAUGAUCGUGUUGGCGGUCCUCCUGGCAUCGGCCGCUACCGUGGUGGCGUUGGUCUUUACCACCAUGGUUGCCCAGGAAGAAAAGGACUUUGAAAGCAAGUUUGGUAGCGCCGCCGACGUUGUCUUUGAGAGCGUCGGACGAACGUUUGAUCAGGUCUUGGGAUCCACCGAUUCCUUUGUGGGACAUCUCGUCUCGUACAAUGAGCCCGACGAAUCCAAAAAUGUCCAGGGUUGGCCCUAUGUGACCAUGCCCCGUUGGGGAUACCAUUCCGCCAAGCUACUCAAGCAGAGCAAGGCGUACAAUUCCGGGUAUUGUGUCGUGGUGCAGCAGGAGGAAAUCCCCAAAUGGCUCAACUUUUCCACCUCCAAUCUCGAGUGGGUCGACGAGGCCAAGGCCGUUCAAGCCAAGACGGACGAGUACUGGGCCGACCUUUCCACGAACUUUACGUCGCCCGUCUUGCCCUUUGUUUGGAGCGUCGGAGCCGAGGGAUUGGAAGCACACGCCGAACCAACACCCUACAUGAACAACUAUCCAACCGGGAUUUCCUCUCAACGUCAACUACGACGGAUGGCGAGUGGCGUUGGAAACUUCCAUCGCAUCCAUCAUAGAGUCCCUCAACAACAAGACGGUCGUCAUCACCAACGGCGACAAUGUCUUGCUCAACGCGUCCGAUCCAAGGAAGUCCUGCAGGUCGAAGCUGCCGUCAACUACUCCAAGAAUUUCUUGACGCCCGGUCGCGGCAACGCAUCCGAACCCAACGGGUUCAUCAUCUAUCCAAUCUUCGAUUCCUUGGAUUCGCCCCGUCUGGAUCGUUCCCAGGAUCAGGAGCCCCUCGGGUACUACUGGUACACAUACUUUUGGAAGGAUUACAUCCAAAACAUCUUGCCGGAGGGAACCGAUGGUGUCGUCGCGGUGUUCAAAAAUUCUUGCGGCAAGCCCUUUUCCUACCGGCUGGACGGUCCCAAAACCACAUAUCUGGGAGGCGGAGACCUCCAUGAUACAAAAUAUGAUUACCUGGAGCGAUCUCAAACCCUUCACCAGCUCAUGGACAGCACCAAACAAUCCGCGGAGGGUAGCAGCUACACCGGCCUUCCCCUGUCGGACUGGUUCUGUCCCACCACCCUAAGGCCUGUACCCCUCCCAAACGUUCGAAGACGAAUACGUCACACAUGGUCCCCUCACGUUUACCCUCUUGGCGGCCCUCAUCUUUGUCUUUACAUCGGCCGUUUUCAUCGAUUACGACUGCAUCGUUUCUUAUAG